AAGGGCUGCACAUGUGGGGCCACACUGUCAGAGAGACUCGGUCUGACUCCUCCGCUGCUGCUGAUCAUUGGAGGAUCCUGAUCACUGACAGAAACUGAUCAUUAAGGAUUAUUGAUUUUAUGAAUUCUCUUCAUCAGGACUGUGACAGAGAAGAAGCUGCACGAUGGAUUUAAACCUGCUGAUUUCCGUGUUGUCAGUGAUGUUCACCUGGACUCUGAGCACAGUUCUAUCGGCUCCUUCUGGAGAAACUCCCGCCGCCUCCACCGCCUCCCCGCGGAGACACGUCCGGACCAAACGCUGCUCCUGCGCCACCUUCCUGGACAAGGAGUGCGUCUACUUCUGCCACCUGGACAUCAUCUGGGUCAACACACCUGAGCGCGUGGUCUCUUACGGACUGGGCAACGCUCCCAGGACGAAACGCGCGGCCGUGGACUCCAUGGUAACCGGUGCUGGAGCGCGCUGCCGGUGUCUCCGUGAGGAGGACGAGAGCUGCAGCAGCUUCUGCCGCAGGUCUGAGCUGAUCCGCCCCCCCCCGGGCGACGGUUGCUCUGAGACACAGAACAAACAGCAGCUGGCAGAAGACACGGGCGGGAUUAAGAGGAUGGAGAAGCAGGUGUCUCUUGACGUGCUCAGCGUCGCCCUGAAAACCCGCGUGCUGCUGGAGAAGUGGAGGGUGACACGGCGCCACAGGGCGAGGGCGAGGGAGGCUGAGAGCGUGGCCUCGUAGAGACGACAGAAAACCUAUAACAUCUCCAAACACAGGGAGGGAAACGGCUUCAUCACCACGGGCCAUUCUCCUCAGCCAUUGACAGGGGGGGGCCCGGGUCAGCAGCCCCCCCCCCCCCCCCCCCCGGAAGACACCAGAGAGUCAGAAAACUGACUCCAUGUUGACUUCAAGCUGCGGAGUGGCGAGGUGUCUGCAGAGGAGCAGGAGUUCAACCUCCACCUCAUCAGACAGGGGAAGGAGGUCAGAGACGAUGUUGGGAGACAAGGUGACAGGAGACAAGGUGACAGGAGACAAGGUGACAGGAGACCAGGUGACCAGGUGACCAGGAGACCAGGUGGACUUGGACUCAGUCUGCAGACUGAAGGACGCUCCUUGAUGUUUUCAGACUCUGGAAUCAAAGAAAAACAUCAAACAUUUCACUGGAUUCAUCAGAAAAUUAAAGAUCAAUAAAUCAAAUCACUGUUGAUCAAUGAGGGAGUUUCUACUUCUGAUAUUUCAGAAUUUCCGUCUCUCGGUUGAAACAGUCGAAGGAUUUUGGACUUUGUGACGUUGUUUCUCUUGUUUUCACUGACUGAAUCUAUUUGCUGUAUUUGGGUCACAGGUCACUUCCUGUACGUCAGGUCAAAGGUCACUGUACCUGCUGGACAAUCUCUCACUGAUGACAUCACAGACGUAUUUAUGAUUUCACUGAAUGUGUAUAUUGUUGUUAUGAUUUAUUUAUUCUUUCUACAUAUUGUUUGAUAUUCACCAUAUUGGUGCGUCAUGUUUGUCAUUUCUAUGAAAUGUGUCGUCACUGAGGAGCCAUGUUGUUAAUAAAGUUUUAUACAACACCUCA